AGCACUUCAUUUUUCCCAUUAGAACUCUCCUUCCCCUUCUCUGUUCUUCUUGUUACAGAAACAGCUGAUUGUAAAUCUCAACAAAGACUCCAUUUUUACUGUUGAGUGAGAAUCAUCAUUGACACAAAACAUCACAUUCUCAAAUAAUCGUUCUAAUGAGCUUUACAACGAAGUAAUUGACGAUCCCAUUGAGCCAAAUAUGGAAUCUUCCAGUGAAAAUCUUGUCAAAACUCUUUUAAGGAACCCAUCUUCCAUAAAAACAAAGUCACAAGCUAAGCAACUCCAUGCCCAAAUAGUGAAAACAAGAGGGUCAAGGUCUGUUUCACUUGCCACUAUCAUUCUUGGAAUUUACUCUGACCUUAACCUUCUUAAAGAAUCUUUAGAAGUUUUUAACAACUUUCGUUAUGUACCCACUAAAGCUUGGAAGUCUGUUGUCAGGUGUUACUCUUGUAAUGGUUAUUUUCGUGAUUCUUUAGCUUGUUUUGUUGAAAUGAGGGGUUGGGGUAAGUUGCCAGGUAGGGAUGUUUUUCCUUCUGUUGUAAGAGCAUGUACCCAUUUGAAGGAAUUGAGGGUUGGUGAGUCUGUUCAUGGUUGUGUUAUCAGGUUUGGUUUGGAAUCUGAUCGUUAUACUGGGAAUGCACUCAUGAAUAUGUAUGCAAAAUUGCAGGUUUUGUCGCAUGACUAUCAUGUGUUUGAUGAAAUUCCCCUGUCAGAUCGCGUUUAUAGUUGUAGAAGCAGUUUGGCUCAAGAUUCUGAGAUUGGAAUUCUGAUAAGGAGUGAAAAAAGUCAUUUUGAGUCUUUAGGUGGAAGGAUAGUGAAAAAUGCUACAGGAUUAGAUAGUGUGAGUAAGAUUUUUCAAAUGAUGCCGGAUAAAGAUGUUGUUUCGUGGAAUACUGUGAUUGGUGGAAAUGUACAAAGUGGGUUGUAUGAAGAAGCUCUGGAAAGGUUAAGGGAGAUGAGCAAUGCCUAUUUGAAGCCUGACUGUUUCACUUUGUCAAGUGUCCUUCCUGUCUUUGCGAGGCAUGUAGAUGUCUUAAAGGGAAAAGAGAUUCAUGGUUAUGCAAUUAGACACGGGUUUGACAAAGAUGAGUUUAUUGGGAGUAGUUUAAUUGAUAUGUACGCAAAUUGUACCAGGGUUGAGGAUUCGUAUAGGGUGUUUAAUUUAUUAUCAGAAAAGGAUGACGUUUCAUGGAACUCAGUUAUAGCAGGAUGUGUGCAAAAUGGUACUUUUGUUGAAGGGCUGGGACUGUUUAGGCAGAUGUUAGCAGCUAAUGUCAAGCCUGUGGAAGUUUCUUUCUCAGCUAUACUGCCUGCCUGUGCUCAUUUGACAACACUACAUCUGGGGAAACAGCUCCAUGCAUACAUAAUAAGAGUGGGGUUUAAUCAAAACAUGUAUAUAGCUAGCUCACUUGUGGACAUGUAUGCCAAAUCUGGGAAGAUAAUGACUGCUAGAUUGAUUUUUGAUAGGAUGGAGAUACACGAUUCAGUUUCAUGGACGACUAUAAUCAUGGGAUAUGCAUUGAAUGGUCAUGCCCGUGAGGCCACUAUUCUUUUUGAAAAUAUGCAACAUGAUAAGAUAAAGCCCAAUGCUGUGGCUUAUCUAGCUAUUUUAACUGCUUGCAGCCAUGCUGGUUUGGUUGAUGAAGAUCUUCUUGGUCGUGCUGGAAGAUUGAUGGAAGCUUAUAAAUUUAUCAAUGACAUGCCUAUUAAGCCCACCGGGAUUAUUUGGGCUACGCUGCUAUCAGCUUGCCGAGUUCACAAAAAUGUUGAACUGGCUGAAAAAGUUGCCAAAGAAAUGACUACAGCUGAUCCUGGGAACAUGGGACCUUAUCUGCUCUUGUCAAAUAUGUAUUCAGCAGCUGGGAGAUGGAAAGAUGCAUCAAAAUUAAGAACUAAUAUGAAGAAGAAAGGAAUGAGAAAACCACCAGCUUGCAGCUGGAUAGAAGUUAGGAACCAGGUGCAUGCUUUUGUUUCAGGAGACACAUCUCACCCAUAUUAUGAUCAGAUACAUGUAGUACUAAGAGAUCUUUAUGAACGCUUGAAACAAGAAGGUUACGUUCCUCAGAUUAGUGAGGCACUACAUGAUGUUGAUGAGGAGCAAAAGAGUGAUUUGCUGUAUACUCAUAGUGAACGGCUUGCAAUAGCAUUCGGCAUUAUUAGUACACCUGCUGGGACAACCAUUUGCAUAAUUAAAAAUCUCCGUGUAUGUGUAGACUGUCACACAGCCAUAAAGUUCAUAUCCAAAAUUAUGGGGAGAGAUAUAAUUGUUAGAGAUAAUAGUCGAUUUCACCUUUUCAAAGAUGGGAGUUGUUCAUGUGGAGACUACUGGUGAUGGAAACUAUGGAAAUGUAUCCACAAUGUAGCAUAAAGGGCUUUAUUAUAAGAAAUAAAAGGGGAGAACACAUAUGGGAAAGUUUCUAGGAAAUGGCAGAUUAUAUAGGUGUUCAGACAGUCUCUAGUAUUUCACAUUUUAUGAGAAAAUCUAGAGAUCAUUCCUCAGUGCUUUGAUAUGAAAGUUACGCUGCCUUCCAAAAGCUGUUCAACUGUAUGGUAUUGGAGGCAUGUAUAUAAUCAAUCCAUUAAGCUAGCAAACUGGAUAAAUGUCCUAAUGUGAACUUUCAAUUUCUCUUUGUGUUACAAAAGGUUAGAGACCUUGAAGCCGUAAUAUUCUUGAGCUUAUGGCUGUUGUGCCUUCGCUGGUGAUGGAAUUUUGGAAUUCCGCAAGGUCAUAUACAAGUGAGAAGGAUACUUGGAACUUGACUUUUAACUUCAAAUUUUUUCCUGUAACCUAUAAUUUUUUCUGACUUUAGAUUUUUUGUACAACCUGAAAAAGAGAAGUUGUGAUGUCAAUGUAAUGCUAUCUUUAUCAUUUA